GUCGAGAAAGGCAAGCUCCAUGGGUGCAUUGAUGUGGGGUUGUCCGUCAUGGCCAUUAAGAAGAAAGCCAAGUGCAUUGAUCUGGACGCCGAAGAAAACAUUUAUCACCUGAAGAUCAAGUCCCAGGAGCUGUUUGAUGAAUGGGUCUCUAAGCUCCGUCACCACAGACUUUACAGGCAGAAUGAGAUCGCCAUGUUCCCUCAUGAGAAAACGCUCUUCCACCCUCAUUACCCCCUCACCUCCUCCCCCACGAUACCUGACAGUCAGUCCAUCAGAAAG